GCUCCCUCGGCUGCUCCCUGCCCUCCCCUUCCUUGCGGGGCGUUUGAGAGCCCCCGAAAGGAGGCGCGCGCACCGCGCUGUGCCUGCGUGCGGCGAGGGUCCGGCCUGCGUGGGCGGGGGCGGACCCCCUGGGGGGGCCUUGACCUCCGUCAGCGCGUGGGGCGCGGAGGGGACUCGGGGCCGCGCACGCGCCUCCCCGUAGCGGCGCCUUCUUCCGAAGCGGGCGGGGGACGCGGACCGUUGCUUGGGGCGGGCGGCUGCCUCCCGCACCUUCUCUUGGCCCGGCGAUGGACGGCGGCUUGUUCUGAGGAGAGGAGCCGGGGGCCUUGAACCUCGCCGAGGUUCUGUUUGCCGUACGCGGAGGGUCCGGAGGCCUUGGGACAUGUGCGUCAGGGGAAGAGACCCGAUUUAGCAGGAGGACAGGACAUUUUGUCCAACGUGUACGGACGAGGGGAAGAAAAAUCCAGAGCUUUGAAAGCCUCUGCCCUUUGGGGAUGAUAUAGAGGCUCCAGUCCUACCGGUAGAGCUGACUCAAAGUUGAGACUGUCUCCCGUUGUUUGGGAGUAGAGGCGUACUAACAUUACUUAAGGAGGUCAGAAAUAAAAGAACUCUUCUCAAAAGCGCGUAUACGUAUAUAUGGGGAAAGACUGGUAGCUCAGGGCUGACCAAGCCUUCGUUUGCAGAAGAGUUCCAGCCGGUGCCGAGGACGGGGGGCCUCCACUUCUGGAGGACCCCCUGCACGGAACCCUGGGUCUUGGAGUGGCCUUCGUGGUUCAGAGUGGACUGAGUUGGCUCCGGUGGCGCCUCCGCCCACGGUUCCCCUCGUUGCAGGCCGUCGGCUCCUGGGCUCCCCACACCAUGUUCUCGGUCCUCUCCUAUGGCAGACUGGUAGCCCGGGCAGUCCUGGGUGGCCUGUCGCAGACUGACUCUCGAGAUUACAGUUUGGUGACUGCCAGCUGUGGCUUCGGCAAGGACUUCCGCAAGGGCAUCCUGAAGAAGGGCAUGUGCUAUGGCGAUGAUGCCUGCUUUGUGGCCCGGCACCGGUCUGCAGAUGUAUUAGGGGUAGCUGAUGGUGUCGGUGGCUGGCGGGACUAUGGUGUUGACCCUUCUCAGUUCUCAGGGACUCUUAUGCGCACUUGUGAACGCUUAGUGAAGGAAGGACGGUUUGUACCAAGCAAUCCUGUUGGGAUUCUCACCACAGGCUACUGUGAGUUACUACAGAACAAAGUACCUUUGCUUGGGAGCAGCACAGCUUGCAUUGUAGUGCUAGAUCGAACGAGUCAUCGUUUACACACAGCAAACUUGGGGGAUUCAGGCUUUUUGGUGGUCAGAGGUGGAGAAGUAGUACACCGGUCUGACGAACAACAACACUACUUCAACACUCCGUUCCAGUUAUCAAUAGCACCACCUGAAGCCGAAGGGGUCGUCUUCAGUGACAGUCCAGAUGCUGCAGACAGUACUACCUUUGAUGUCCAGCUGGGAGACAUCAUUCUGACAGCCACGGAUGGGCUCUUUGACAACAUGCCCGACUAUAUGAUCCUUCAGGAGCUUAAGAAGCUGAAGAAUUCAAAUUAUGAAAGUAUACAACAGACGGCAAGAAGUAUUGCUGAGCAAGCGCAUGAACUGGCGUAUGAUCCAAAUUACAUGUCUCCCUUUGCACAGUUUGCAUGCGACAAUGGACUGAAUGUAAGAGGUGGAAAACCAGAUGACAUCACCGUCCUUCUUUCUAUAGUUGCGGAAUAUACAGACUGAUUUGCUGAAAGCAUCAGCUUUUGAUGACUCGUGCAUUUCAUAUUGUUCCCAGCUUCACACGUACUGUUUCCUGCUGGCAGGAUGUCUUUCUCUGCAGCUGAUUUCAGUGGCUAUUAAAGAUUAUGUCCAUUGCCCGUUUUAAGGUGCAGUCAAGGUCUCUGUCCAGAACCACUGCUGGAGUACACUGGGGUACAUCUGCCAGCAAGAAAUGAAGAAUUUCAAUACUUGAAACGCAUCUCUUCAAAGUUUAGUAGUAAUUAUGACAUAGUAAUGGGGAAGGGAAGAAAUAACCAUGGCCAUGGCUCUGAAGGAAAGUGAGUGGCAAAUAAAUAGAUUGGCUGUUGUGAGUCCAAACUAGAUGUGCUAUUGAAACUGAAACAGAACCCAAGGACACAAGCAUAUCGCUAGCAGAAGCCCAUUGUUCAUCUGUGAGUUGGUCACAAACUAUCCUAUAACUAGCAUAGUAUGUUGCAGUAGUAGCUGAGGCUUAUGUUUAUACGAAUUCUCCCGAGGAUUCAAAGUGCUCUGAGGCGCUUGGUGUUUAUGGUGUUCACGCUCAGGAGCUUUGUCUGUUACUAAAUUUGAAACACAGAAUUAGUUUGUAAAAUGUGUCGUGCAUGUAUGCAAAGAGAGAGAGACUGCAGGUGCUUAACUGUUACCAUAUAGAUGAAUGUUCGACAUAUCGUUUGUUCACACGGAGCCCUCUGAGCCAGACUUUGGAUCUGGGUUUUUUUCAUCUUUCAUUUCUGAAAUUUGAAGAAACCGAGGUGCUGAGAGUUUGGGAUGGAAUAUUACCUGUGCAAGUAUCACCUGAUCUUGGUUUAUGUGCUAUAGUAGUUUGGAAGAAGGAGUUGCGUUUACGUUGAUCAUCCUCAGCACAGAAUCUUCCCUUUCAUGGUUGAGGAACUUUGCAGUUUUCCACAGUACAGGCUGUUGUUUGUGUUCAUGCAAAAUGCUUAAUGAGCAGCACUUUCAUUCUGAUAGUUGGUGUAUAGGAUUCCCGGAAUGAACGUUCAUGAUGUUUACAGGUAUAUAAUAGCCAUUUAGCAAUAGAGCAUUUCCUUUCAUUUCCAUUCAGCCCAGUUUCUUCAGUAGCUGCAAUCUUCCCUCCUCCACUUUUUUUAAGUUCAUAUAAAAACCAAUAGCUGUAAAGAUAUAUAUAUAUAUAUAUAUGUAUAGCUAUAUAUAUAUAUUUUGGUCAGUUUUUCAUAACUUUCUUUGCUGGUAGAAAAGUACUAGAAAUGAAAAGCCAUGUUUUAUAUAACAGUUGGGUAAUAUUGAUGUUUAGUUGAUGAACUUGGCCAGUAAAUCAAUCUUACCUCUUUUAAAACUAAAAAAAGGGGGUUUUACUGCCAGGUUUAUUGUAUUAAAACUGUAAGUUUGAGGUUACCUCAGCCUGUUUUAAAUAUUUUUUGUGGUUUUACUGUAUAUUUUCAUAAUUGUGUUGAGCUUUUAUUUAUAAUUAUGUAACAUGUACUGUGUACAUGUCAUUGUUUCAGUGCAUCCUGCUUCUAACAGGCAUUUCAUUUACCAUGAGAAUGGGCGAAAUCAUUUUGGAAGCUGUUUAAUCUACUUUUUAAAAACAUUGGCAUGAUGAUUUUUCUUAAGUCACCUUUAGUUUCUUCUCAGAAGGCCUUAACAAUUUAGCUUGAUAAAUUGAUUUUUUGGGUCAUGGAUACAGGGUGGAAAAAAGAAAUGAAAAUAGUGCUAUAAUUUUUAAAGAGGUGGCAAAUGAUCACUUUGCACAAACCAUUUCAAUCCCUAUUGAGCUGAACAAGUUGUGCUGUGUAUCUUCAAUAAGAAGGAAUGUAUUAAUGCUGCAGUACCUGGCUCUUCUGCUUUGCAAGAAGAGCCACUAUCCCUUAAUUUGGACUGACUUUGCAUUUUUAAAUCACCAAUAUUCGCUGUCACGAGAACAAGCAAUUGAUUGGUUACUGCCUUCUUUCCCUGUCCCAUCCUUUUGGCAUUGGCCUCUCCCUGACUUGGUGCCUCCACACAGCGGGACAGAGAAUAUCUUCCAGCUUCUCUGCAACUACAACAGUGGGUGUCCCAUCAGUAAAAAAAUGAGGGGCUUCUCUUCCACACUCAGUUGGUCAUUCCCUGCGCUCCCUCCCACUGCUUCAGAGCUGGGAGUCUUGGUUUCCGUUCACAGUUAGUUGGACAGUAACCUUUGGUGGAAUUUGAUUGUUGGCUAUGCUUCAAGCAGUUUCUAAUCAAACUGUAUGCAUAAAGCCAUUUGUCUUUUACCACAUUUUUAAUGAUCAAAUUGAGUUUUUAGACUUGCAGAUACAAAGUCCCCCUCCUCCCUCACUGGACACCAAAGACCAGUACAGUUUCUAGCUUUUUGCCAUCUGUUUUUAAAGCAAUAUUGUAUUAUAAAGAAUUAAUAUUUCUAUUGCACGCUUGAUUUUUUUUUCCAUUUUACAAUGUGCACUCAAACAUAUCAGAGCCUAAUUUCUUCCUAUGAACUUAAGCUGCCUGCGCACAAAUCUUUUUAAAAAAAGGAAAAGGUGGGGCUUACUACUUUAUGAAAAUAACCUGUACUGGUACUCAGAGCAGUAGUUUCCUAGAAACUUGAUUGGAAUCAUGAUUUGACAAAGAACAUACGCCGUUUUUAUCUUCUCUUAAAUUGGAAACACACAGAUGGAGACUGAGGGUAACUUAAACUGCAGAAUUGCUUUAUAGAAAAUUGGAAAGAAGCAAGUUUGCAUAACAUCGGCCUACUUCACUGAGUAGCUGAAGGACUUGCCUUCUGGAGAUGUCUGCAACCGUGUUUCUAUCUCGAUAGCUAUGAAGAGGUAAGCUGAUACGGCGUACUCGUAUGAAUAGAGGAGUUGAAGUCCAUGGUUCUUUGUUGUUGUAGCUAUCUUGGGGAGAACAGAAACGUCCCGGGUUGGAUCCAGAGUUGGACAGAUGGAAUCGGACAAACCAUGAUCUAUUGGGGUGGAUGAAAAAGUUUGCCAGUUCCCCCCUGAAGAUUUGCUUUGAGGGUUGGGGACACCAUGUGUGGUUGUUCUGGAGUCUGCAAGGGGAGGGGAAGGAAGCAUUGGCCUAAAUUGCCUCAUUAAGCCCUCCUGCCAGUCGGGCAGCAUCACUAGAUCCUAUUUCCCCCAGCAACAGAAGCAGCUCUUCUGUUGACAGAGGGGAAACUGCAUCCAGCUGCCUGCUUACCCACCAGAGCUGCUGUUUCUGCAACACACACACUAGGAAAGAACCUGAAAUCUGGGACCAGACUGGGGAUGGGCAUAACUGUCCAAAAGGAGAGCAAAUUAAAGAUAGCUGAUUACAGCAGCUAUUUGUGUGAUGGGUUGCUUUCCAAUUGGACACCAAGGCUAACAAGUAUGAUCCUAUACAAAUCUACUCAGAGGGAAACCCCACUGAAUUAAAUGGGAUUUAAUUCUAAGUGAAUAUAUAUGGGAUUUGAGCCUAAAUUUAGAAAUGGACUUUUAAUUUUGCCUGAAAGGAUAGCUGAUCUAAUAAGGAUGCUUUUUCUUGUUAAAUGAGACUAUCGUUACCUGUGCUUACCUACAAGGCAAUUAUGUGAAUGGGAUGUCUGAAAUAUAAUUUGCGCAAGAAUAGUAUCUGUAAAUACAUUUAAAUGAACUGUAAAGAUAUUUAAUAAAUAUAGUAUUUAUACAAUA